AGGGUUUCCGCGCCUUUUCUUCCUUAUUUGGUCAGGCGCUUCCGGUCGUGGCGCCCGCCAUCUUGGGCCCGGCUGGUUGGAUCUGGCUUCUCGGGCGCUGCUGCCCGGAGGGGCCUCUACCUUCGCUCGUCGGUGCCCGCGGCGGUCCCCUCGCUCUGGUCCAGGGAUCCGGUGAGAACCCGGCUGACCGCCGACGCUCACCAGAGCAGAGCCGGGAAAGCUCAGAGAUCGGGCUCCGCGUAGGAGCUCGUUGUUGCUGCCUGGCUCCUGACACAAAGGACGAGGAAGUUGGGCCUUUUCUGCAUUUCGCGGUCCUGCCUGCAGGCGACCGGCUUACGUGUGAAGAGCCUCUGCUGGUGGCUCUCAGGGCAUUUUCUCCGGAUGCGGCUGUGAUUUCUCCACGAAUCUGCCCCGGGCAAGAAAUCCCGAGAACGAGGUGAAAGGAGAAGAAAUGGCCCGUUCUCCGAUCAUGUUGUUUGGAAGCCAAACCUGGUCAUCUUUUUGGAGCAAGAGAAGGAGCUCUGGGAUAUGAAGAGAAAGAAGAGAGUGGCCAUCCACCCAGGUCUUGCUGUCUGUAGUCUGGAUCUGGUCAACUUCUGUGGAAAAGUAAAGAGCCCCAGCACAGGAAGAGAAAGGAGACGGUAGCCACAUGCCCAGCUGUGAUUUCUCCACGAAUCUCUUCUGACAAAGAAAUCUAGAGGACAAGGUGAAAGAAGAAGAAAUGGCCAGUUCUCAGGGACUGCUGACAUUCAGGGACGUGGCCAUAGAAUUCUCCCAGGAGGAGUGGGGAUGCCUGAGUCACACGCAGCGGGAAUUGUACAGGGACGUGAUGCUGGAGAACUAUGGACACCUCCUGUUCUUGGGUCUUAUUGUGUGGAAGCCAGACCUGGUCAUCUUUUUGGAGCAAGAGAAACAACUCUGGGAUGUGAAGAGAAAGGAGACCGUAGCCUUCCAUCCAGCUAUAUCUUCAAAUGGCACCCAGAGUUUCCUGCCAAAGCUGUGCAUAGAAGCUUCUUUCCAAAACGUGGCAGUGGGUAGAUAUAAUCAUAGUGCCCUUGAGGAUUUACACUUAAUGAUAGACUGGAAAAAUGAUGGGGAAAGUAAAGGGCAUCAAAGAUAUCAUGGAGGACAUAUCCAAACUGAGACAACUGUCCAUAAUAUGAAUCUCACUGCCCAAAAUGAUGAUGGAUAUAAAACACUUUGGAAAACCUCCCUUCUUAAUCCUGCUUCUUCUGCAAAGCAGUGUGUUUCUGUAAGCAAGGGCUUAAAUCAAAUGGUCAAACAUACAUAUCUGGAGAAUGAAAAUUUGGAAAAUCUGGAAAGUUACCUAGUUCAUGCUAAAAAUAAUUAUUUGAACCAUUUUGAAAGUAGGAUUGGAUUGACCUUUGAGUCAAAUAUUUCUGAAAAUCAGACAUUUAAAAAUGAAGAACAAAGUGCUAUGUGGGAUCCAUUUGAGAGGUCCUUCACUGAGGAGUUCACGCUACAAAAUUAUCAGAACAUAUUCGAUGAAAACAGAAUUGCUCAAUGCAGCGAAUCUGAGAACAAAUUUAACCAGUGUUCCAAUGUUAAUAAACCUCUGAGGACUCAUUUUCCAGAGAGCCAUUAUAAUUUUGAUAAAUUUGAGGAAGUCUUUUAUCAAAGCUCCAACCUUAUUAUAUAUAAGAGUAUCCCUGUGGGAGAGAAUCCUUAUAAAUAUAAUGAAUAUGGGAAACCUGUUAACCAGUCCUCCCAUGUUGGUGAUUAUCAGAGAAUUCACAUGGAAAACAACUCAUACAGAUGUAAUACACCUGGGAACAUGUUUAGUCAAUCAGGACUAAACAUACAUAACACAGUUGCUACUGGACAGAAAAGUUACAUUUGUGAGGAAUGUGGUAAAGCCUUUGACUGGCACUCAACACUGUCUCAACAUCAGCCAAUGCAUAUUGGUGAGAAACCUUACCAGUGUAGAGAAUGUGGCAAGUCCUUUAACCAGCACUCAAUGCUUACUCGACAUCAAAGAAUUCACACUGGAGAGAAACCAUACCAAUGUGAAGAAUGUGGCAAGGCCUUUAACCAGCACUCAAACCUUACUCAACAUCACAGAAUUCAUACUGGAGAGAAACCAUACAAAUGUAAAGAAUGUGGCCAGGCCUUUAACCAUCACUCAAGCCUUACUCAACAUCACAGAAUUCACAGUGGUGAAAAACCUUACAUAUGUAAAGAAUGUGGCAAGGCCUUUAACCUGCACUCAAACCUUACUCAACAUCACAGAAUUCAUACUGGAGAGAAACCUUAUGUAUGUAAAGAAUGUGGCAAGGCCUUUAACCGGCACUCAUACCUUGUUCGACAUCACAGAAUUCAUACUGGAGAGAAACCUUACCAAUGUAAAGAAUGUGGCAAGGCCUUUAACCAGCACUCAAAGCUUACUGAACAUCACAGAAUUCAUACUGGAGAGAGACCUUUUGUAUGCAAAGAAUGUGGAAAGGCCUUUAACCGGCACUCACACCUGACUCGACAUCACAGAAUUCAUACUGGAGAGAGACCCUACAUAUGUAAGGAAUGUGGCCACGCCUUUAUCCAGCACUCACACCUGCGUCAACAUCACAGAACUCAUACUUGACAACGUCAAGAAUGUGGGAAGGCCUUUAAUCACUGUCCAACCUUUACUCGUUGCCAGAAUUUAUAGUGGAGCAAACAUUACAAGUGUAAAGAAUGUGAGAAAACUUUUAAGGACUACUCACCCCGUACCUCCCAUCUGAGAAUUCAUAUUGGAGAGGAACCGUGAAAUUGUUAAGAAUGUGGCAAGGCCUUUAAGCAAUGUUGAACCCUGAUUCCUGAUCAGAGAAUGUAUGCUGGGGUGGAUUUUGCAAAUAUAAAGAAUUUGGCAUGGUCUUUAAUAAGAGGUCAAGCCUCAUUCAACAUGACAGAAUUCAUACUGGGGGAAAAGUUAUAAAUGUAAAGAACAUGGGGAAACUUUUAAACUGCUCAACCCUUUUCUGUAUCUCAGAGUUUAUACCGAGGAGAAAAAUUACAGUAUAAAGAGUGUUGGCAAGCCUCUAGCUGGAACUCACAGCUUACUCAACAUCAUAGCCAUCAUACAGGAUAGAAACUGUAAAAUGCAGACAAAGUUGCAGUGCCUUUAACUGGAAUUCAGUCUAUACUUAGUAUCCCAAAAUGCACACUAGAUUCAAACCCUAGAAACAUAACGAAUGAGGAAAGACUUUCAGUUUAAAUAUUCACUGUAGCAAACACCAGAGAGUUCAUAAACGAAAGUAACUUGAAAGAUGUAAAUAUUUAGAAAUGUAUGUAAGUGAACAUCAAAUGUCAAUAAAUAUCACAGAAAUCAA